AUGUCGCUUCCUGAUGAUGAAAACUACCCAAGAACUACAACUACUUCUGCACAGUCCUUUCUUUCCUGCGAAACAGAGUUACACUCGGUCUCCACGCACACUACGGGGCAAAAGCAAACAGCAAUUCCGCUGUUACACACCGAGAUGGGGACAAGCUGGGGGGUGUGCGGCCGAGGCAAAUCCCUUCCCCCCGAGCCUGCUUCACAACAUCAACACGGGUCGGGCCGCGCCGCGCCGAACCGGUUCCGAGCCGCGCUCCGAGCCGGGGAGAGCGGAGGAUGGCCCAGGGGCAGCGCUGCCAAGGGGCCGCCGCCGCCGCCGCUCCCUCCGAGAGUGCGAGCGCAGGAGGGCGGGGAGGGGCGGCCUGGGCACGGUGAGUCGGUACCGAGCGGGGGGGGGGCAGAGGGAGAGAAGGGCGAGGAGGAGGGGGAAGGAUCCUGUGUGUGUCUCUCUCGCUCCCUCUCAGAACAAAAUGCCGACCGGAAGUGCAGCGGCAGGAAUGACUCCCUCCACCGGCGCCAAACACCAGCAACCUCCCCCUUCCCUCCGCUGCCUCCUCCUCGCCCGAACGCUCCCUCGCUCCACCAGCGCCGCUUCCGCCGCUGCAGCUGGAGGGGCUCCCUUGCCUCGCCUCUCCCGGCAGAGCCUCCCCUGCGUAGCUCCUCUCUCUGCUGCACGACCUUCUCUUUUUCCCCCCUUUUUUUUUAUUUUCUCCCUCCUCCCGGCCUUUUGGUGCGCGGAACGAGACCGAAGUUUAUGCUUAAGCCUCCGCUGAGGAUUUGCGAAGAAGGGAUUCUCUUGGAAAAAAAUACACGUUUUGGUGUUUAUUUUUCUGUCCUGCCUAAGCAUGGUGGAGGAGGACUGCAAAAGUCUGCCUCGCAGGAGGCAGACCUGGAAAGGGCUCUUAAACUGAACCCUCAGAGGCGGCAGCCCCUGGAGGUGGGACACUCGCUGGAGUUACUGUCGCCGCUCAUGCCCUUUCUGUGUGGAUGUGAGAGGCCGCGCCGCAGGAACCGAAACACCCGCUGCUCAAAGCAUUGCAGGGGCGAGGGAUUUCCAGAUGGACAUACGAAAAGGGAGUGGCUUUCAAAAACGGGCUUUUUGGACGAGCACCGGGGAAAAUGCUGAUGUUCAGGUGAAAUGUCCUUCGCUGGAGGCUGAGGCUCCACCGCCACUAUAUUUACUGUAAAACCGAAUAAUCAUAACAGGAUUAUAAUGAAGAAGCAUUUAUAUACCAUGAAGUAACUAUGUCUUUUAGUACUCACUUAAUGUCGUUUGCUGCUCAGUACUUGGACAAAAAUCCUUUCAUUUCUAAAGGAAGCACUCCUUGUCUGUCGACUCCAGGAAUCAGCUGGACACAGCUGUAAAUACCCUGUGACAUAUAAACACACCCUUUCAGCGCUGGAUAAAUGUUAUUUGCACAAAGGGAUAGAAUCUUACACCAGUGCACCUGAUCUCUGCAAUGCUUAGGAUUUUUUGAAUUGUGCUCUGGUUUUAAUAUAGACUUCAAAUGCUUCUCUCAUGCUUAAACUACUACAAAAUUCAUAAUUUUGGAUGAAUCAAAGUUUGGUUUAUAAGUGUAUUUUUUUUUUUUUUUUUUUUUUGUUUAAAAGUACAGAAGUGAAGACGGCACUGGAAAACACGGUAAUUCAGUAGUGGAAAUACUAUUAUUCUAAUGGCACGUAUUAACAGAGACAGAGUAAACUAGGCUCUGAAAAAAAUAUAUUACAGAUCUUUGUUCCAAGUCAAUAUAAAGGGUCCCAAUCCUGAAAUCGUUUAUGCAUUUAUAACUUGAAGUUAUCAAUUCGAAAUAAAGGUAAAUAAUUGGUGUUGCAAAUGAAGUGUGUCCUUAAGUCUUCGCACUUAAUUUAAGACAUUGCAACUCUGUAACUCAAGGGGAAAACUGUUUACGUUCUCUUGGAAAUAAAACAUAACUUAAGGAACUACCUAUCUGGAGUUCAUAUAUAUGUGUACUUACACAUCUAUGAAUUUCCAGGAAAAUGCAAUUCUAAAAUUACAAAGCUCAGGAAUACUAUUUCAAUCUACUUCUAAGUGAUUGUUAUCAAUUCAUGUUGAUGGAGUCUUUCUGUAAUUUUAGUAAUCCUAUUAAAUAAUUAUUUUUUUCUUAGUUGGUGAAUUAAUAUGUAAAUAAAAUACAGAACACUGAAUUUUUAAUUUUCAAAUGCCAAAUAUGUUUUUAAAUGGUUCUAUG